CUACACAGAGCUCGGUCAGAGCCCGGAUGCGCCGCCAUGCCUACUCAUUUAGCAAAUAUAACAAUUUAUUCACCAACCUGUCUGACACUAACCUAUUAGAGUUAAGCCAAUGCCACAGUCUGACGGAGAAACGAGCCGCUAUCUUGUGCACAGAAGUCAGAACGACCGUGUUUUGCGCAGCUUACCACAGUUGCGUUGAUGUUGACACACUUGUAGGCUAAGCUAGGCUAAGCUAGGCUAACUUUAGCUCGAGCGAAGAAGGGGGAGCGCGGUGACAGUCCGGCCCGGAGGCGGGGUGAACUGAACCGCGCCAGGCGAGAGUCGCUUAUUUUGAUGGUGACUACACUGUUGACUGCGCACGCUGGUAGGGCUCAGGCAAAAUCAUAUCGCUGUAGAUAAUCGACUGGUUGUCUGAGACCGCUGUGAGACUGGAGCAUAGCUGAACAUUUCCUCGACGUUUGUGUUCUGGCCCACGAUACAGAAGCUAGGAGCUAAGUGUGCUAACAGGAUAACUUCAACACGGACUCCCAAACUUUUCAUACCCAGAAAAUCUUCAAUGUGUUUCUUUGUUCUGGAACUUUAAGCAGAUGUCAGUCGAUGAGAAAGUUACAAAAGCUGGCAGUCCCCAGGCUAGCUCAGCAUCACCUCUGCAGCUCUCAGAUGUUUAUAGUGGUGUGUCUGUGACGAUGGAGGAAGCGGCAGCGACCCCUGACUUUACAGCUGCUUGUCCUGUCCCGGACACUGCAGCCUCACCAAAACACACCAGCACAGAUAGCGCUGGUCAGAAAGCCAGAGGGAGUGAAAACAACAUCAAUCGAAGGAACAGCUUCCAGCAGCCUAAACAACAACAACAACCAAAACUAACAAAGCGACGCUACACAGCUAAUUAUAGUUUCAAACAUCCGUCUUCUGGAAAGAGGAGACGGAGAGCCAACUCUGAGAGUGACUCUGUCCUGCCGACUAACUUCCUUCUGGGAGGCAACAUUUUUGACCCGCUAAAUCUCAACAGCCUGUUGGAUGAAGAGGUCAACAAAGCACUCAAUGCAGAGACGCCAAAGUCCUCGCCGUUGCCAGCCAAGAGUCGAGACCCCGUUGAGAUUCUCAUUCCCAGAGACAUCACAGAUCCCCUGAACCUGAACAGUGAGAUAGCUCACAGCAGCUUUAUGGUGUCCCCCUUUAAAAGCGGUGGAAGGAAGAGACACAGAAACAGACAUCACGGAGGUGGGGGAGGAGCCGGAACCGGCGUCGCAACAUCACAGAUKAACUUCUCCGAAUCAGAAAAAUGCGAGGUCAAAACUAGCACCUCUGCACAGCUUCCAGGUAUGCCUGGUCCAUGCUCUGCACAAGACAACUCCAAAGAGUCCAACAGUACUGUGAGUGUCUCAGGAGAGUCCCACAAUCACACGACUGAUCACUCAGCCAGCUGCAAAGAUGAGGUUGCAUCUGUGUCCAUGGAGGAGACCACUUCCCAGUCAGCAGGGCCAAACCAACACGCAAGCAGACGCAAGAGAAGGCGCAACUCUGGUAAAAUGGAACUCCCCGUCAGCCAUUCUACUCCCUCUAGUAAGUUAGGACAUGGAGAUAGAAACUGUGGCUCAUGGGGACAAAAGAAUUCUUUCCACACACCAAGAAGUGGUCCCAAAGGUGUCCCGGGAGUUCGUCARCAACAGCAGCCCCACAAUAAGGCAAAGGAGCAUCAAAAGAAGUUCCAGUAUGGGAACUACAACAAGUAUUACGGAUACCGCAACCCAGGCAGCAGCGAAGACCCUCGUAUACAUGUGCUCUGUCAAGAGUGGUUUGAAGGUAAAGAUGUGCUGGACCUGGGCUGCAACUCAGGCCACCUAACCCUUUAUAUUGCCAAAAUGUUCAGACCUUCGCGCAUAUUGGGCCUGGAUAUAGACAGCGGCCUGAUACAUGCAGCUCGUAAGAACAUCAGRCAUUACCUUUCUGAGCUGCAGACCCAGGAGGCCAGGCGUGCAGUGCAAGAGAAAAAGACUGCUAAACAGGUGGAGAAGAGUGGAAACGAGUGCCAGGGAGGUGCAAAAAAGGAACUCGGUGAAGCUGAGAGCAGGGCUGAAAAUGGGAAAGCAGAGGAGGGACAGAGUGGCCCUGCAGAGGCUGUAAAUGAUAAYGACUCCAGUAACACAAACGAGAAAGGGACGGAUAGUAAAACAGAUGAAAUGGAGCAAAAAGAGGAUGCUGCACCUGCUGCUGCUGACUGCUCUGCAGGUUGCUUCUUUCCGGUGUCCCUGCGGAUCUCCAGAGGGCCCAUCGCUGCACCCCCAUUACCAGAAACCUGUAAAGCUCAGCCUGGGGAGUUCCCYGCUAAUGUGUCCUUCAUAAAGGCCAAUUAUGUUCUGGACAGCGAUAACCUUAUUUUGACUCAGCGGCCAGAGUAUGACGUGAUCCUGUGCCUCAGCGUGACCAAGUGGGUUCACCUGAACUGGGGAGACUGUGGCCUGAAGCGGCUCUUUAAGAGAGCCUACAGACAUCUCCGUCCUGGAGGCAUGUUCAUCCUGGAGCCGCAGCCCUGGGAGUCCUAUGUGAAGAGGAAGAAGCUGACGGAGAACAUUAACAGGAACUUCCGCAGCAUACGACUCAGACCUGAUCAGUUUUCAUCCUAUCUCACACUUGAGGUGGGCUUCACCAGUUUUGAGCACCUUGGUUCCCCCAAGUGUUCAGUAAGAGGUUUUCAAAGGCCAAUCUAUGUUUUUCACAAAUGACCACCCGAGCCUUGAACACCAAUGAAUGUGAGUAGCCUAAACCGCCACCAUUCUCUCAAACCAGCUGGCUGUACUGGACUGCAGUGAGUCAUCUCUAACAGUUACCUUAGCUCUGGAUGCUGAAGAUGAAAACACACAGAAAAGAAGAAUGGGGACCAAAAGUGGGAUUAUUUCUAUAAAACAAGAUUUGUCAACAGGAGGCAUUAAUCAGAAUUUGUUGGGACUAUAAAAAACUUUUAAAAUCUAUGGAAUUAACUUGGAUAAAACUUUGUAGAGCUGGGGAGAAGAAAAACAGUUUGUGUURGGCCAUUCUGUGGAAGGUGCACUCAUCUGAUAAGUUCCUUGAACUCGGUGUGUUAAAGAUCCCCCAGCCCACUCAUAAAAUGUGUUGAGAGGUCUUUGGCCACAUGUCAUUAUAUUCUCAUACAUCACAUCACCACUCAUUCUACCCAAAGAGUCAAAGCAGUGGAGUACCUGCUGUGUAAGAUGUGUUUUCACAUAUGCAAAACUUUGAUGCUAGCCCAUUAUAWCCAAAAUCUUGAAAAGCCACAUGUGUUUUAUUGUGUUGAGCACAGUGCAAGUUACUGGUAAACUAAAUAAUUACACACUUGCAUCAUAUUUUUGGCCUUGAACCUUGUUGCAAUGAGCGUAUAAAUGAAUUCACACACGGUGGUUUAAAAACAGCUAAAGGCUAUCAGCUAUGAAGUCAUAACAGAUAACUGGCUCACCUUUUUUUUAACCCCGGUAUGGUGGUGUGUGCUAUUUUUUUUCUCAAUUGUACAUUUUGCAAAACAGCUAUAUUAAUUUCAAGUUGUUAGAAAGCUUUUAAAAUAAACACCAGRCUACACUGUACAGAUUGUGACCUUAACAAAUGAAAGUCUCAAGCGACGAACCGUUACAUUAACUAAAUACAUAAAAGUCCUGGUGUUUAUUUAUUUUUUUUUUAGCUGUUCAGCUGGAAGUUAUCCUAAUGCUCCCUGGGUGAGGACUAAGGAGGAAGGCACAUCCUGGAUUGAUCACCAGUUAAAACCCAGCUUCGUCUUAUCAUAAAACAUUAAAUUUAGCCAUUUCACUAUAGAGACAUUAUUUAAAUUCUCCACAUCCUGGGUUUAUAGUAUUGUUUGGCUUUUCUGAUUGCAACCCGCUAACAGACUUUUUGAACUCUCCAGUUGCUAAUGGAUUUUAAAAAGUCACUUAAAAGUUUAUUAAAUAUYUAAAUUAAUUAAUUUGAAAUCCAGUCACUUUUUGGUUCCAGUUCAACUUUAGCCAUACUUUAUUUUUUGUACAAUGUCUUCUGUGAGCUGCAGAUGGAACAGAGAUUUGAGCUGAAAAUUAGAGGUGGUGGUGAUGAUGAUGUAUMUGACGAUGCUGCAGCACCUUCGGUGUGUUUUAUGUGGUCUCUAGUAGGAAUGAAAAUAAAAUGGCAAAAAUGUUUUUAGCUGAACAAUUGACAUUUGUGAAAAUCAGCUGUUGCUUCAGUGAAUACAUAAUACCCCAUAUGUUUUAAUUGUUUUGACAUGCUGCCAAAAGAUUUCUCAACAGGUUUUUUGUUUUGUUUUGACCCAGUAAGGACAGUAACGAGCUACAGGUUGAUUUUUAUUGUUGUUCGCUGAGCACCACUCAACUCCAAACUAUCAUCUUCACUGACCCGGACAGAAAAAAAAAAUUCUCAUUUUUGUGGCAUGUUUAGUUUAAACUUUUGCCGUGGAUUGGCAGAAAAUGAUGGCUAAGGUGGAUAUGUUUCUGUUUCAGUAAGUCAUAGAUGUAAAUAAGUUUUCAGAUCUUGUUUUGCUGUUAAUAUUUAGUUCAUAAUUGGUUCUUUUUUCUGUCUUUUCCUCUGUUUUCAAAUGUUUGCUGCCAAUUUAAAAAGACUUACAGCUUUUUUGUCUUUAAACUGAUUGAUAAUUYAGCUUUGUAUUUACAAAUGAAUGUGUAUGUUCUUUUGUUUUUUGCUUUGUCCUGGAGAGCACAUUGAUUGUUAAAUUAGUUCUUUGUUUUAAUUUUUUUAUAUAAAUUGUUUGAAAGGAG